AUGAACGUCCGGAAAACAUUUUUGUUAAAUUUCUUUUUGGACGAUGGAGUGGAGGCCAAUCUUCUGCAUCAGGCUGCCCAGCUAGUCUCCCUGGAAGGCACUUUGACGCAGCACGUGGCCGUGAAGGAAACCGUAAAGGAGGAGGCCGAAGAAGAAGACGAACAGGAAAAUAAGGAUUCGGUGCGGAAAAUGGAUGAUCAGUUUAAGGAGCGAUUUCGCAUGCAGCGCUCGACCUUUGAGACACUGCUGCAGGUGGUGGGUCGAGCUAUUGCGGGAGCGGAACAGUAUCAGCCCAUCGGAAGCGUUUCCCUGCCGGAAAAGUUGCUCUACACUUUGAUGCUACUCGGUGGCGGCAUCUCAUUUCGGGACGCUGGCGAGAUUUAUUCCAUAUCCAAGAGCUCUGGACAUGAGAUUUUCAAAUGGGUCACGUCUGCCUUUUCCGCACUAAUGCCGUGCUACGUUCAAUGGCCAAAAUAUGGAGCAGCAGGAGUCGGUAGUUCUUCUAUAAGCAAACUUCCCGGCGUUCUGGGCGUCAUCGAGGAGUGCCGCAUACCCCUGAAGUUGCCCAUACGCAUAGACGACGACAAUCCGAAACAAUACCCGGCUUUGACCCUUCAGGCUGUCUGCGAUGCGCAAAGUCGAUUUCUCGACGUCUACGUCGAUGCACCCAAUGAUGAUCAGCACUGCAUUCUGCUUGCCAGUCCCCUCUUCGAGAAACUCAUUCACACGCAGACGCCGCUGAUGGCAGAACACAGACACAUUGUGGGGGACAAAACGUACCCGCUCCUGCUGAAUCUGAUGACGCCCUACGUUGGAGAACUAACGCCUUGCCAUGCCCAGUACAAUCUGGCCAUACGCUUGUGGAAUGCUCCAGCGGAGCGAGCUUUGGCGACACUCAUAUCGCGCUUCAAACGUCUGGACUCUCUGGAUGUGUCGUCAUUGGAAUUGGGCACUACUGUUAUCUCCGCCGCAUGCAUGCUACACAAUUUUAUAUUGGACUCGGGCGUGGAGGGCAUGGAAGAUGACAUACUGGCUUUUGAUAUGCUGCCGGAAAACCACAAGAAAAUCCCCUAUGAUGAGCAUGGGCUUCUGGAUUUGGAGAAUAUCAUGGCGGUAGAAGAAAAACGCGAUCGCUUAAUUGCUGGUUUUAUUAAUAAUACUUAAAUACACUCAGAUUUGGUUGGUUAGUUGGUUAACAAA